AUUUAUAUUUCGCACUCCGCAAAACAACACAAAAUAAAAUCACUUUUACACAUUUUGCAUUCAUUGUGUGUUGUGUUUAAUUAAACAAUUAUCAUGCUUAUAAUUUAGUGCAGUGAAAAUAAUAUUUUAUUUAUGGAAAUAAGGAAGUGAUUAUGAGCUAAUUGUGGUCAUAAUGUAGCGCUUAGUCAAGUUCUCAAACAGAAUACUCCAAAUUUAUUGAUCUUUUGUUGUACGAAAUAAGCUGUAAAUAAAUAAACUUUAAAAAUGUCUGUGGUUAAAGGGAAAUUAGUGAAAAUGGAAGUAACGCAAGUAGGUGAUUACGAAUUCACCAAACAAGAUAUUAUAGGUCAUGGGGCUUUUGCAAUGGUUUACAAAGGAAGGAGGAGAAAGAAUCCGUCUCAAUGUGUGGCUGUGAAAGUGGUAACCAAGAAAGGUAUCCAGAAAGCAUCAGAGAUUCUUGUAAAAGAGAUCAAGAUUCUACGCGAGCUAACGGCACUUCACCACACAAAUCUCGUCGCAAUGCACGACUGCAUGGACAGCCCUGCCUAUGUCUAUGUUGUUAUGGAGUAUUGCAAUGGCGGUGACCUGGCUGACUAUCUGCAAACAAACCGGCUGCUCAGCGAAAGCACCAUCCGGUUGUUCCUACGACAGCUGGCAGAGGCGAUGCGGGCUAUCCAUGCGAAAGGCAUAGUUCAUAGAGAUUUGAAACCGCAGAACAUUCUUCUCACACACAAUGUCGCGCCGCCUCGUACACCACACCCCUCUGAAAUUAUUCUCAAAAUUGCUGACUUCGGCUUUGCAAGGUUUCUCGAAGAAGGAAACAUGGCCGUCACACUUUGUGGCUCACCGAUGUACAUGGCUCCAGAGGUUAUAAUGUCGCUUAAGUACGAUGCUAAAGCAGAUCUUUGGAGUCUGGGAACUAUUGUAUAUCAGUGCCUGACUGGCAAAGCUCCGUUCCAAGCCACCACCCCACAUGAACUUAAAGCUUUCUAUGAAAACAGUCAUGGUCUACAGCCCAAAAUGCCAGGAGGCACGAGCGAAGAGUUAUGCAACCUUCUCAUCGGCCUUCUGCGGCGAAAUCCACGCGAACGCAUGUCAUUCGAAGUAUUCUUCAACCAUCCCUUCCUGCAACGCCCACGCACCACUUCCAUUACAACUUGUGCGAGUUCAAACAAUGUACCUGCGGGGGGCAUUUCGAGUGGCCGCGCCCCAACGCGCAACGCUGUGCCGGCGCCCGCCCCUGCAGCCGCCCCCGCCCCUGUGGCCGCGCCUGUCGCGCACACGCUACCUACAUUGCAGCCGCAGAGAAAACCGCAGCCCACUUCCUCUGCCGAGUCGUCGGACACGACAUGGGCCGGCGAGGACGACUUCGUGCUGGUGGAGGCGACAGAGGGCGGAUCGGCCGAGUGCUCGGGCGCGUCGUCCGGCUCGGAGGCGGCGUCGCGGCCGCGCUCGCUGCCGCUCACGGCACCGCCGCAGCCGCCGCUCGCGCCACCCGCACCUCACCACCAGCUGCAACCGCAGCCGCAGCCACAGCUCGUGCCGCUGCCGCAGCCGCAGAGCUCUUCACACUUCCGAAACCCCUUUGACAUGGCAUCUAAUAAUAAUAUUCCGCGAUCACAGCCAAUCGAUGUGCUCCGAUCGAAUAGUAGAACCGCAACCAACAUCGGCUCGCUGUCACCACCCACUGUGCCAUUCACAAUGGGCACCACUCCACGGUCGACGCGCCGCCGCAGCAGUAACUCGGGCAGCUCGCCGCCGCCUUCGCUGUGGCAGGUCUCGCCCACCAACGCAAGUCCCCUGCGCAGAUCGGGCUCGUCUCCGCCAGUGUCGCUGGCGCUGCGGGCGAGCAGCGAGGCGCUCGGCGGCGGCGGCGGCGGCUCGCCCAAGCGCGGCGCCGCGCUGCCCGACGCGCUGCUGCGCGGCCUCAAGCUGCACCAGCCCGACCCGCCCGUCUACAUACCCAACCUGCAGGAGGAGACCAUACUCGCGGAGGAACACAGUAAGGUCUUCUCUCAACUCAGUUUCGUCCUGAUGUUAGCGGAACUGCUUUCAGACCUAGCUGUAUCUUGCGGGGCACCCAUCGCCGCUCUUAUGGAUACCUCGGAUGAACGAUGCAACGACAGUGUCCGGCUGGGGCUGCUAGUGCAGGCGAUGCAGGCGCUAGCGGCCGGCCUACAGCUCGCCGCCCAACACUACCGCUCGCGAACGUUGCAGUCCACGCCUCAAGUGCGCCAGGUUGUGUCACUAAUGAACGCCAAGUACAAGUGGAUAGUCAACGAGUCGAGGCGACUACAUGAUUCGGGCAUUAUCCCCGCUGUAUGUGAUAAAAUUCUCUACGAGCAUGCCAUUGAGUUGUGUCAGAUGGCGGCUUUGGAGGAAUUGUUCGGCGAUGUGAAGGAGUGCGAGCGGCGCUACAUGUCGGCGCAGGUGCUGCUGCACUCGCUCGUUCAGCGACACAUGCACCCGCACCACCGAACCACGCUCUCCAAAUAUCGAGAUGCAGUACAAAGGCGUCUCAACUGCCUUAAAGGGCCACGUAAAAUAAUGGACGUAAAACUCGAAACUGGGAUCUCAUAAUGCAAUAAUUUGAAAGUCAUAUAGUUAUAAGCACACUUGAAACAAGAUGAGAAGUGAUUUUAUUUUGUUCUCAAAAACUGACUCAUAGUGAGGAAUAAUUUAAUAAAUAAUGAAAAAAGUGUAUAAAAGGAAUAAGUGGACGAUAUAAAAAAAUCAAUGAAUGAAGAUUAACAGAGAUUGCAAUAGUGAAUUAUAUUUUUUUAUAUAGAUCACGAGACGAGAAUUCAUGUAAUCUGUAGAUUAUAGGACCAUCUAGAACAUUUUAGUAUUGAACGAAUGUUAGUAACUGCUUCAAUAUAAAUACAAAUGUAGAAUUGUUACUAUCUUGAAUUCUGUUUUAAAUAAAUGGUUGUAUCUUCUCGUAAGGUUUGUAACAGUAGUACAAGUUUUCCAGGAUGAAGCGUUCUGCAAACUAAUUACAAUAAUAUUUCAUCCAUUUUUUUAGUCAUGUGAGACUUAAUCAUACAAUAAAAAUAAAAAACGAAAAAAAAUUUAGAGUAGUGAAAGUAGUAUUGUUUCCAAUUAAGUCUUGUAAGUAAAUUAACAUUUUAUUAUUACCGACUAUAAGUGUAUUAUGUAAAUGAUAAAAAGUACGAUAUAAUAAUAUCUCCAUAUAAACACAAUGCUAUAGAGAUCUCAUUAUUGACCAAUAACAUUAUGGCAUUUUUAGGUUAAGUUACAAAUUAUAAGUAUUUCCUUAAAUUUUAGUAUGAAUCCAUGUGUAUUUUCUUUCAAGUCAUAAUUUUAAAUUUUGUGUAUUGCCAAUUGUGAUCAUAUUAUGUAUUUUUUUCCUCAAACAUGUUCAAUGCUUUACUGAAAAUAAAAAUAAAGACUGUUGUAUUAUAAACUUAUUUUAUU